UCUGGCCGAGUGCGGCGGAAGUGACGUCGGUGCGGCCGCCGGUAUGGCGGCGCCGAAGGUGAAGCAGGACAUGGCCCCCCCGGGCGGGUACGGGCCCGUCGACUACAAGCGGCACCUCCCGCGCCGCGGCCUCUCAGGUUACAGCCUGUUCGCGCUCGGCGUCGGCAGCCUCCUCCUGGGCUACUACACGAUCAUCAAGUGGAACCGGGAGCGCAGGCGGCUGCUCAUCGAGGACCUGGAGGCGCGGAUCGCCCUGAUGCCGCUGCUGCAGGCCGAGUCGGACCGCAGGACCCUCCGCCUGCUGCGGCAGAACCUGGACGAAGAGGCCAAAAUCAUGAAGGAUGUUCCUGGCUGGAAGGUCGGCGAGUCCCUGUUCCACACCGAGCGCUGGGUGCCCCCGACGCUGGACGAGCUCUACUACCUGCGCCCCCCCGGCGAGAUGGACAACGAGAAGUUUGGGCUGCAGUACUACGUCUGAGGCGCUUCCCGGCCCCCCCCCCGGCACCGCGCUGUCACCUUGUUCCAGCCUCUCUGAUUAAAAACACCCCCCCCCCCGCCCGGAUCUGCGGUGUCGGACACGG